ACCGUACAUAGGUAUGCCCUAAACCGGAGCACAGCGAGAAAGCGAGCGAGCGAGAGAGAGAGAGAGACGGGAGAGAUAAGUUAUGGCUGAUUUUGAGGAACGAUACGAAGGAAACUACCAGGACUAUGGUGUCUCUUCUCCUCCUCCGCGGAGCAGUGGCUUCGAUGACCGCGGGGAUCUGAAUUUUCAGCAGCAUGAUUAUCAAGAUCAUGAAAGAGGAUCUUCCAAAAGCAGAGGAAGGGAAAAGGAGAAAGAUAGGGAGCGGCAUAGGGAUAGGGAAGGGGAUAGAGAUAGAGAUCGGGAUAAGAGGAGGGAACGAGACAAGGAGCGUGAUCGUCACCAUAGAGAUAGAGAUGGUGAUAGAAGUGGAAGAAGAGAUCAUGAACGAGAAAAAUAUGAUGAUCGAGAUCACCAUCAUUCUCGUGAUAGAGACUAUGAAAGGCAUAGAAACCUUGAUAGAGAUAGGGACUAUAGAGAUAGAGACGAGCAUAGGAGGCAUACAUCUCGUUCAAGAGGUCAUUCUAAACAUAGGUCAAGGUCUCGUUCUCGCUCAAGAUCAAAGAGCAAGCGUGUUAGUGGUUUUGACAUGGCACCUUCUGGACCUCUUAUGAUACCUGCUGCACCAGUACCAGGCCAGGUACCUGUUGCACCGACUGCUGUUCCUGGGAUGUUCCCAAAUAUCUUUCCUUUAACACCUGGACAGUUUUCUCUUCCGGUAAUGCCAGUUCAAGCUAUGACCCAACAGGCAACUCGGCAUGCUCGGCGAGUGUAUGUUGGAGGUCUUUCCCCUAGCGCUAAUGAGCAGUCUGUGGCAACUUUUUUUAGCCAAGUUAUGGCAGCCAUUGGGGGGAACACUGCUGGUCCAGGCGAUGCUGUUGUUAACGUAUAUAUAAACCAUGAGAAGAAGUUUGCUUUUGUGGAAAUGAGGUCCGUGGAAGAAGCAAGCAAUGCAAUGGCCUUAGAUGGUAUUAUUUUUGAGGGGGCACCGGUGAAGGUAAGAAGGCCAAGUGACUACAACCCUUCUCUUGCAGCCGCUCUUGGACCUAGCCAGCCCAACCCCAACCUGAACCUUGCUGCUGUUGGUCUAUCAUCUGGCUCGACUGGGGGUCUUGAAGGGCCCGAUCGUAUUUUUGUUGGUGGUCUUCCAUACUAUUUCACAGAAGCGCAGGUGCGGGAGUUGCUGGAGUCAUUUGGUUCUCUUCGUGGUUUUGAUCUUGUCAAGGACAGAGAAACUGGCAACUCAAAAGGUUAUGCUUUCUGUGUUUACCAAGAUCUCUCUGUUACGGAUAUAGCAUGUGCGGCACUUAAUGGCAUCAAGAUGGGAGAUAAAACCCUUACAGUUAGGCGUGCAAACCAAGGUGUAACACAGCCUAGACCAGAGCAGGAAAUUGUAUUGCUGCAGGCACAACAGCAGGUAGCAUUGCAGAAGUUGGUGUACCAACCUGGAUCCCUUCCAACCAAGGUGAUAUGCUUGACACAUGUGGUUUCUGAGGAUGAGUUGAAAGAUGAUGAAGAAUAUGAAGAUAUAUUGGAAGAUAUGAAGGGAGAAGGCGGCAAAUAUGGAACUUUGGUGAAUGCUGUCAUCCCUCGACCUAGUCCAAAUGGCGAGCCAGUUCCCGGAGUUGGAAAGGUAUUUUUGGAAUAUGCGGACACCGAAGGGUCCGCGAAAGCUAGGCAGGGACUUCACGGUAGAAAAUUUGGUGGAAACCAAGUGACUGCUAUCUUUUACCCAGAGAUCAAGUUUGCUCAGGGAGAAUAUGAUGACUAGUGUAAUUGUUUAUUGUACAAAUUGAUACUUUUUGCUGUGAUCAAAGGUCCUAAUCCUGUUGUUCUAUGAACUUUUUUCCUAAUAAUUUCUCAGGAUUAAGAUUUCGAGAGCUUUGAGGUUGAUACAGGUUGUUCAUAUAAGAUUAUACUGCACUAUUGUGGUUGGUAUUUUUGGUGUUAUUAUUUUGACAUUUUUUUA